AUGAUGAUGGAUUAUCUUACAACGUUGCCUGUGGAAUUAAUUCAUAAGAUUCUGGACUAUGUUCCAACAUUUGAUAUUCUCUCAACUGUAUUGUUUAUCAACAAACGAUUUCGUUCUGUUUCUAUGGCUUAUACUCGAUUUCGACCGAACUUUACAUGUAUGGUCACAUCGAUCAACAAAAGCCAAUUUGACUAUAUUUGUAAUCAAUUACUUAAUUUAACCUCUCAAAUUGUGUCAUUAACAUUAUUUGAUAAAGAUGAUCCAAUGACACCAAUAAAAAAUGAUCUUUUCUUUUCACGAUUUAGCAAUAUUGAUAUAACAUUUUCAAAUCUUCGUUCAUUAACUUUGACAUAUAUUAAUUAUGAUACAUGGUGUUUAUUUAAAACUCGAGUUCCAUUAUCAAUCGUAAUAUUAUCCAUUCAUUUAGUACAUAAUCAUAGAUCUAUAGAUUCAUCAACAACAUCUUAUGUUCUAUGUGAAUUACUCUUCUUUUCAUUAUCACUUGAACGUCUUUCACUUAAAAUGAGUAACUAUUCGAAUGAUAUGAUUAUAAUUCAUCAUCAAACUCCAACAAUUUUAUCAUCUAUUCAAUAUUUACAUAUCGAUGGUAUUACAAUUGAUUUAUCAAGUUUAUUUAUUAUUGUACCUAUGCUUCAUACACUUGAAGUUAAUUUUCAUAAUUCAAACAAAAUAUUUCAUACAAUUUAUGAUCAACCAUUACAAUUACAACAAUUACGAAUUAAACUAUAUGCUAUUACUUGGAUAUCAACAUCAAUUUUACUCUCAUCAUUUUCACGAUUAGACUAUUUGACAGUAAUUGCUGAUGAUUUAGAUAAUGAUAUGGCUGAUGGUAGUGCUUGGGCAGAAUUAUUAAAAAAAGUCAAACAUUUCGAAUGUAAACUUCAUUUCUAUUGUGGUGCUUUUACUGAUGAACCAAUUAAUCUCAAUACAUUUCGUACAAAAUUCUGGCUUGAAGAAAAAAAAUGGUUUAUUUCCUAUGAUAAAAAUUCUUCAAUACUCUAUACAAAUUCUUUUUUUACAAUUGAUAACACAUCAAAUGAAUUAAUUGGAAUUCUUGCAUCAGAAUUAAACAAAUUAGAAUCAACACCAUUGACACAUGUUCAUUGUUUAAUACAAAAUUAUCAAUAUGUAAAAUAUGCACUCUUACAUCAAUAUACUCAAAUUCAACAAAAAAAUUUAACAGAAGUUGAUAUUAUAUUUCCAAUCAAUUUUAAAGAUAUUGCUAUGUAUCUUGAUGUAGCUCGAAUUGUUAAAUGUUAUUCUAACUUUGAAUGGAUUACAAAAUCAACUUCUGAUAUUAUAAAAUUUCUACAAAAUUUACCUCAUUUACGUGCACUUAGUAUAUCUGGUCCUGUUCUCAAUGAUCUUUUCUUUUAUCAAUGGCCUAAUAUUGUUCAUUUAAGAAUUGAAAAUGAUUUUGACAAUAGUCUUUAUAUAUUAUGUUCAAAUACAAUUGAUGCAAUUUGUUCUUCGUUUAUUUGUCUUGAAAGACUUGAUUUUCAUUUAGCAUGUGUUGGUGAUCUACAACAAGUUCUUAAUAGAAUAAUAAACACGACUUUAAUCGAUAUUCUUAUUCGACAACCACGUGGUAUCAAUAGUAAACAAUUUGUUUCAUGUGAAUGGAUUAAACAUAAUACAGAAUUGAAAAAUUUUUAUUAUACAUGUGACGCAGAAAAUUCUGUUAGUUUAUGGUUUUAA